AUGCCGACUCUGAGCGAGACAACCCACGAUCCAUCUGCACCAAAUGCGCCUGCGUAUUCCGUGAUAGCCGAUGAAGCAAAGCCACAAGAUUCAGAUGGACAACCUAAAGCGGCCACGGCCAAUUCGGUCGUCCCACUGGCUGAGUGGUCAACGGUUACCAAGUACUGCACCGUCGUGGGCACAUAUGUGAUGAUUCUUGUAGUAUCACUGCGGGCGACUGUGGCCCUGACGCUCACGCCGUACAUGACCAGCGACUUUGGUGCCCAUUCUCUAAUCCCAUUGACGAAUCUAUUGGCAUACGUUGUCUCAGCAGUCGUUCAACUUCCUCUUUCACGAGUCAUCAGCCAUUCAGGCCAUGUCUACACAUUGAUCGCAAUAGUUCUAGUAGAUACACUAGGCUUGGUUCUGCUUGCAACUUGUCGCACGGUCGAAUGGUAUGCUGCCGGAUUUGUCAUGUUUGAAACGGCAUUCGGUGGCCUCACUUACAUCCUACGUCUUCUAAUUAUCGAUACGGUAAAGAAGCAGCAUCAAGCGGUAGCGUUUGGCCUGACUACCGUUCCAUACCUCAUCACACCAUUUGCAGGGCCACCAAUGGCUCAGGCAUUCUUGGAAGGACCAGGAUGGCGGUGGGCCUAUGGAUCGUUUGCUAUUGUGAUGCCAGUCUUUGGAAUCGCUAUGGUAAUUGUCUUGGUUAUAGGCGAGCGCAGCGCGAAGCGACAGACAGUGCAUAAGUCGAAGCUAUUAUGGGCCAGAGUCGUGGACUACAUGAUCGAAAUUGACGUUGUCGGAUUGAUUCUCUGUUGCGUGGGUAUUGGGAUGCUGCUCGUUUGCAUUACCGUAGCCACGGCUGGCCUCAUACAUUGGAAUUCUUCCGCGUUCAUAUCUAUGCUUGCCAUAAGCAUUGAUCUUCUCGUUACUCUGGUGGGCUAUGAAAGAUCACUGGCUUCACAACCUUUUGUCACUCCCGGCAUUCUAUCAGAUCGAUGUGCUUUGGGGGCAACGCUGGCGAUCUCGGGGCAGCAUAUGAGUUACGGUAUAUGGUUUUCUUAUUUCACCUCAUAUCUACAAGUCGUUUUCUACCAGAGUAUCCGGAAUGCAGGUUACAUCAGUAAUAUCUAUCUUCUGGGAUGGGGUAUUUCCGCGGGUGUGGCUGGCCUUAUUCUGCAUUACACACAUCGCUUCAAAUUGGUCACUGCUAUGAGUAUCGCGGGCACAAUCUUGUCUACCGGCCUGAUUCUCUACUGCAGUAAACCAGGAUCCUCCAUCAGUGGACUGAUCGGGUGUCAGGUCGUGUUUUCAAUAUCGGCAGGAUUCAUCAGCGUCUCAAUGAUGAUGGGUGUUUUGCAUAAAGCUAAGCCGGGCGAAAAUCCCAUGCGCAUGGCCCUUUUCUUCAUGAUAUCGCUUCUUUUUUCGGCACUGGGCUCGACCGUCUCUACAGCUAUUUGGCGAAAUGUGCUUCCAGGAACACUAGACAGGCAUCUACCCGAAGGUCUUAAGAAUCAGGCUACCAAAAUCGCAGGCUCAAUCGUGGUGCAGCUUUCGUACCCACGUGGCUCUGUGGGCCGAGACGCCAUAAUCCUAGCUUUUGCAGAAGCGUGGAGGUCUUUGAUGAUAGCUGGGACUUCAGUGCUCGGGUUAUCCGUAGUCGGGGUUCUUGCUAUGAAGGAAGGGCAGCCAUCACGCAGAGUUGAGUCGCCUGAGGCUGACAAGGUUUAA